UUUCUGCAUCUCGCGCCGAACGCCGUCCCCAACAGCCACAAACCCACCAGCAAUGCCUACGAAAAGGUCAUGGAGGGCCGCACUCGCGACGGUCGUGGCCGUGGCCGUGGUCGGGGUGAGGGGCGUGGCCGUGGUGAGGGACGUGGACGCGGUGAGGGCCGUGGUCGCGGGCGUGGUCGGGGCCGAGGGUUUGGCAGCGAACGCGCCAACUACCGCGCCACCGAGGACGAAAACAUCGAGACCGCUGCCCCUGUCGUCGAGUAAGAGGGAAUUACUCCACAAUAGUGUACCAUCUUCGAUACAAAAGCUACUUGGCAUUAUUUUUAUUUAAAAUAUAAUUAAA